AUGGAAAUUAUUGUCCCUCUCCUUAGGCCAAGCUGUUCUGAAAGCUCUCAAACAGUAGUUGCUCGCGUGUUUGCUUCCACUAGUGCCCCAAUUCGUCAUCGUCAAGUUCAUUGGGUCUUCUUCAUCUUCAAGGUCCAAAUCCAAAUCACCAGAUGGGAACGUCAUGAACCGAGUGACACACUAAGCUGUCAUCUAAUAAUGAUCCGGCUGCCUGUUGUCACAAAUCUCUCAUCGACUGUCGAACUCUAUGUUUGUUUCAGUUGUGAUCAUUGGAGGAACAACGGCUUUUGCAAUAACACCUUCUACUCGACUGCUCAGAGGAGGUUUUAUUGUGGUAAAUUUUCUUGCAAGAAAAAAGGACGAGAGGGAUAUCUUGGGAGUUUUCCAUGA